GGACACGGCUGGGCAGGAUGUUUUCACCGAAACAUUACGGGAAAUCAGCCGGACAAGUCAAAUGUCGAACCGCAGUUCAGUUAGCAAUUACGCGUUGUUUGGAGGAUUUUCUGGAAAUGCCUACGCACCAGUUAUCCCGCCUGUUUCCAGCACG